GGUAUAUGAGCUAGCCUGUUAGAGCCCAUUCCCUAUGGUGAGAUGCAUGUUGACUCCUCAUGGGAGCCAUUACCUAUGAGGAGGAGUGGACAGGUGGUGGACUAGGGGAGAGUUCUGUUGAGCUGGAACUUCAGACCUUACCUGUGGCUCAGGAUGAGAAAUCCCAGGAAGCAGCAGUUCACUAUGAAGGACAUCUUGAAAACUCUGACCCAGGCUGAGUUGAGCAAUUUCAAGAGUGUCCUGAAAAACUGGUUUCUGCCACAUACACUGAAACAGAUCCCCCAGAUGGCACUGAACAUGGCUGAUGCAGAUCAUGUGGUAGAAAUUCUCCAUGAGUACUGUCCUAGUGAUUGGAUAGAGAUAAUCAUCAAGGAGGUCUUACAGACGAUAAACCAGUUGGAUAAAGCUGAGUUAGUAAGGAAACAACUUGAAGGAAACACAAUUAGCUCACCAGGUUCCAUGAAGCCAACUGCAUUUGGAGCUGAAAGUCCAGAGCACAAGCAUAAGAAGAAAUGGAAGAAAGAAUACAGAGUGAGAUGGAAGUUUAACUUCUGGCCUAAAUGCAUUGAAAACUUCUACGUGGAGACUGAGAGCUACAGAACACUCCUUACAUUGUGUAAUCCGAAGGCGAAAAUGCCAUCUGCUCAUGCAAUAGUGUUGCAUGGCCCUCCAAACUCUGGCAAAACCACAAUGGCAAUGAGGCUAAUGCUGCAAUGGUCAGAGAGCAAGCAGGCCCAGAUGUUCCCAUGUGCCUUCUUCAUCAGCUGCAGGGCAGUUAAUAAUACUAAGUCUUGCACUUUUGCACAGCUCCUUUCCCUGAAAAGUGCCAGCAGGAGAGAUUAUGUGGAGAAGUCCCUAGCUCUGGAAGAAAAAUUGUUGUUUGUGGUGGAUGGUUUUGAUGAGCUGAGAGUCCCAGCAGGAGCUCUGUUCCAGGAUAUCUGCAGUGACUGGAACACAAAGAAGCCUGCAGCUGUCCUGCUGAGUAGUUUGCUGAAGAGGAAGAUGGCACCACAUGCCACACUGCUGGUGACCACACAGACACAGACUUUACGGCAAAUCUACCUCAUGAUAGAUCAGCCCUUCCUUAUAGAAAAUCAGGGCUUCUCAGAACAGGAUAUACAGGAAUACUUUCAAAGAUUCUUUAAUGAUGAGGUUGGCAAGGAGAAGAAGGGCGAGGUUAGUCUGUUUGGCGAGUUUGGCGAGUUUGGCGAGUUUGGCGAGUUUGGCAAGGUUGUCGAGGAGAAGGGGGGUGAUGAUGACGAUGAGGAGGGUGAGGAGGAGGAGGAGGAGGAGGGAGAGGAGGAGGAGGAGGAGGAAGAAGAGGGUGAGGAGGAAGAGGAGGAGGGUGAGGAGGAGGACAGCGAGGAGGAGGAGGAGGAGGAAGAGGAAGAAAAGGCAAUGAGAGCUCUCAAUGCAGUGAGGUGCAAUGCUGCUCUCUACGACAUGGCCUCGAGUCCUGCUGCAAGUCUGAUAUUCUGCCUCUGUCUGGAGAUAGCGAUGAAAAAGGGAGAAGACCUUGCUCUGAUAUGCCAGUCACAGACCUCUAUGUUCCUGAAUUUCCUCUGCAAGAUGUUCUCACCAGAAACCUAUGAAAGCUAUCUAAAAAAUAUAUUCCAAAUAUCAUUCAAGAAUCUAUGUCUACUGGCUGUUAAUAAUCUGUUGGAACAGCUGCCCAUACUCUCUAAAAAAGACCUCUUGGAAUUACUGCUGGACCGGGAAAUACUGCACCCUUUUUUGUGCAGGUACAUCGUGAAAAGUGACGAUUACAGUUAUUGCUACUCCUUCGUCUACCUCAAAGUCCAGCAGCUUCUGGCUGCCAUAGCAUUUGCUGAUGGGCUCGAGAACGAUACCUCUAAAUAUAUUAUGCAGAAUAUGCUUUCUAAGGAAGCAAGAUUGAAAAACCCCAACCUGUCGGGAGUGCUACUCUUUAUAUUUGGCCUCUUGAAUGAGACUCGACUUCAAGAGUUGGCAACCAUUUUUGACUGGCAAAUAUCAAUUGGGGUCAAGAGGAAAUUCCUGGAGUGUGAGCCAGGGGAAAAUAAACCCUUUCUAUUACUGAUGGAUCUACAAGAGAUUUUAUCCUGUCUCUAUGAAUCUCAGGAGGAGGGGUUUGUGAAAGAAGCCAUGGCCCUCUUUGAAGAAAUCUCCUUGCAUUUGAAAACCAACAUGGACCUCAUGCAUGCUUCAUUUUGCCUCAAGAAUUCUCAAAAUCUGCAGACAGUGUCCCUGCAAGUGGAAAAGGGGAUCUUUCCCGAGAAUGAUGAUGUGUUGGAGUCCACAGCUCGGGAUCAAGGGUCUCAGGAUGACCAACGCCUGCUAAAUUUCUGGACAGACUUUUGUGACAUGUUUCAUUCAAAUAAGAAACUGGUCUUUCUGGACAUCAGCGAGAGCUUCCUCAGCAGCUCCUCACUGCAGAUUCUUUGUGACAAACUGUCCUCUUCUGCCUGCCAUCUCCAGAAAGUAGUUCUCAAAAAUAUCUCCCCAGCUGAUGCAUACAAGAAAUUGUGCCUCAUUUUUAAUGGUUAUGAAACCCUCUCGCAUCUGACCCUGAAAGGUGACAACCUGUGCACCAUACUUCCCUCACUGUGUGGGGUUGUGAAACAUCCAUCAUGCAAGCUGAAGUAUCUCAGUCUGAGUUCUUGUCCUACUGCUAUUCAGAAAUGGAAUGACUUCUUCCAAGUCCUGAAAGUCAGUCAAUCCCUGACAUGUCUGGACCUCACAGACAACAAACUCUUGGACCAGGGUAUCAGGCUGCUGUGUAACACUUGGAAGCAACCAAACAACACACUGCAGAGGGUGUCGUUGGAGAACUGUCACCUCACAGAAGGCUGUUGCAAGGACAUCUCUUCCAUUUUGGUGGUCAGCCAGACCCUGACACACCUCAACCUGGCCAAGAACACUCUUGGAGAUAAUGGAGUGAAGAUCCUGUGUGAAAGCUUAAGCUACCCCGAGUGUAAACUACAGACCUUGGUACUGUGGUCCUGUAACAUCACCAGCGAUGGCUGCUGCCAUCUCUCAAAGAUGCUCAGACAAACACCGAGUCUGAAGCACUUGGAUCUGGGACAGAAUUGCAUCAGAAAUGCGGGCGCGAAGUUUCUGUGUGAGGCUUUGAAGGAACCACAUAGUAACUUGAAAAGUCUGUGGCUGUGUGGAUGCUCCAUGACUCCAGCCAACUGCCAGGACUUCUCUAAGAUUCUCAGAAACAACAAGAGUCUGAACACUCUAGACCUGGCUCAGAACUCCUUGGGAACUGAUGCAAUUAAGACAUUCUGUGAAGACUUGAAACUUGGCAUUUGCCCCCUUCAAACACUCAGGUUGAAAUUUGAUGAUGCUAACCCCAGUAUCCAGAAGCUGAUCCAAAAAAUGAAAGAGAGCCACCCACAAUUGACUAUUAACAGUGACCAACCAGAUCCUAGGAAAAAGGAACCUUCUUUCCCCCAUUUCAUUUUUUGAGGCCACCUAACAGCAUAACUCUCCAAAUGAGUAAUAAUGGACCUUGAAGGUGUGGGUGAAGGUCCUCUGGCCAUGUUCUGUUCUGUUGUUAGCUGGGCUAAAUGUCUUUAUCCACUCAGGUCUGUGUAUAAACCACUCAAGUUCCUGAAUGAUAUGUGUGAAAUGUUUAUAUCACGGGCAUAUUGAGAAAUAAAGGUGAAAGCAUUCA